CUAAAUGAAAUUGGGCGUCAAGUUUAGGGGCUGGUUAUGUAUUUGGCCUAUCUUUAAUAGCACUACCAAUCGCAAUGUUAGAAGUAAUAAUCUUGAAACCAAAGAACCAGUCCAGCAACAAUCACCCCACCCCGACCCUCUCAGAAAAAGAAAAAAAAUCAAACUUCUAUCUACGUUCUAGAUUCAAACCAAAGUCAAACAUUGUGGGAAUCAGAAACCUCCCAUUCGUAAGGAGAACAUAGUUGUGCAUAAAACAACAGUCCAUUAAACAAAUUUGAUUCCCUGGAAAGGGGAGGAGCCGCUAAUGGCGUCUGCCACUAAUCCUCAAUCAGUGUUCAAUGUUUUCGUCUACGGCAGUCUUUUAGCUGACGACGUCGUUCGUGCCCUCCUCAAACGGGUCCCACCUUCUUGUCCUGCCAUUCUCCACAACUUCCAUAGGUUUAGCAUCAGAGGGUGUGUUUAUCCUGCCAUUCUACCUGUAGAAAACAAGAAAGUUAAUGGCAAGGUUCUUUCAGGCAUCACUGUUCCUGAAUUGGAUAUCUUGGAUAAAUUUGAGGACGUUGAGUACGAAAGGAGAACUGUUGAUGUAUCCCUGACGGACAGCUCCGAUACAUUACUGGUGGAAGCAUAUAUUUGGGCUGACCAGAGUGACCCGAAUUUGUACGGUGAAUGGAACUUUGAGGAAUGGGAACAGUUGCACAAGAAAAGCUUCCUGAAAAUGACAAUGGAGUUUGUGGAAGAACUGGAGCAGCCUAAUCAAAGUGGCAGCACAUGAAUCCUACUAAGUCCACGGUUUGAUGUUUGUCAUGAACCUGGAGUGCCCACGGACAACCCCCAAAAAAGAAAGAAACGUCUGGAUAAUUAAGCUUAGAAACAGGAAAUCAAUUUGGACAGGACAACUACUUUUAGUCUAUUGCUUCUGUUGUACUACAAGUAGCGUUUUCCAUUGCCCUUUCCUUUUGAUUGUGGGGUAAGGGGUGAUAGCCCUUUGUCAUAUGUAUGUAGAAAUUUCAAAAGUUAUCCGUGCCUGUACACAAUUCUAUAGUAAUAAACAUGUGAUUGAUCGCAUGUAGCAUUUCUCCUGUUCUAA